AGCUGGAGGAAGGAGACGGUGCGUAAAGGGCAGAGCCAGGAGCCGCGAGCCCCCCGGCAGCAGCAGCGCGCCGAUUGCUCUCCCCCAGGCAGCAGCGGCCGGAGCAGGCAGCGCCCCCGCAGCUCCGCCGCCUCCAGUGCUCGCCCCGAGCCGCCCCGGGCAGGCGGCGGGGAGCGGAGGCGUCGCUCCUGCCCGGCCCAGCGCGCCCAUGUGAGCCCAGCCGGGGCCGGCACCGGCACCGAGCCCUCCCGCGGCAAGAUGCCCGAGUCCCAGCCGCUCUGAAGCGCCCAGGAGGCUCCGCACACGCCGGGACGGUCGCUGGAGGAGGCCGUCGGGGCAGCGGGCAGCGCUGGAUUGAUCGGGGCAGCAUGGUGUCCUGGCGCAGGAGGUGGCAGGGGCCCGGCCUGGCCCGGCUCUGGGGCUUCUGCUGCCUGGUGCUCGGCUCCUGGAGGGCUUUGCUAGCCUGCCCGGCCCCUUGCACAUGCAGCGCCUCGCGGAUCUGGUGCAGCGAGUCAGCGCCGGGCAUCGUGUCCUUCCCGGUGCUGGAGAGGAGCGCCGAGCGGGAGAACAUCACCGACAUUUACAUUGCAAACCAGCGGAAAUUAGAAAGCAUCAAUGACAAUGAAGUUGGACUUUAUGUUGGACUGAAAAAUCUAACCGUGGUGGAUUCAGGCUUAAAGUUUGUGGCCCGUCAGGCAUUUCUGAAAAACACCAACCUGCAGUACAUUAAUUUCUCCAGAAACAAGCUCUCAAGUUUGUAUAAGAAGACUUUCCGCCAUCUGAAUUUGUCUGAUCUGAUUCUAGUGGACAAUCCAUUCAAGUGUUCCUGUGAUGUUAUGUGGAUCAAGAUAUUUCAGGAGACCAAGUUUUCUAACCCAGAAACUCAGGAUUUUUACUGCAUAAAUGACAACAACAAGAGGAUACCUCUUUCGGACAUGCAGAUCCCCAACUGCGGCUUGCCCUCAGCGAACUUGAGUGUUUAUAACCUCACUGUUGUGGAAGGAAGGAGCACUACACUGUACUGCGAAGCUACUGGGGUGCCAUCUCCCAAUGUAUCCUGGGUUGUCGCUAAUCUUGUUUCAAAACAUGAGAGUAAUACAAGUAAGAAUCCUGCUUCCCUAACAAUAAGGAAUGUUUCAUCUAAGGACAGUGGAAUACGGAUUUCAUGUAUAGCAGAAAAUAUUGUGGGAGAAGACCAAGCUUCUGCUGACCUUGUGGUGUUCUUUGCACCAAAUAUCACAUUUAUUGAACCUCCAACCCCGGACCACCACUGGUGCAUUCCAUUCACUGUGAAAGGGAACCCCAAACCCUCAUUGCAGUGGUUCUAUGAAGGGGCUAUACUGAAUGAGUCUGAAUACAUCUGUACUAAAAUACACGUUAGCAAUCAAAGUGAAUACCAUGGCUGCCUUCAGUUGGACAACCCUACCCAUUUGAACAAUGGUGCUUAUACCUUACUGGCGAAGAAUGAGUAUGGAGAAGAUGAAAAAAGGGUUGAUGCUCAUUUCAUGUCAAUGCCUGGGGAUGGUAGUGGCCCAAUCCUGGAUCCUGAACUUUAUGAUUAUGAAACCACGCCUAAUGAUAUUGGGGACACCACGAAUAACAGUAAUCAAAUCACUUCUACGGAUGUUUCCAACAAAGAGAAUGAAGAUAGCAUCACUGUGUAUGUUGUGGUGGGGAUUGCAGCAUUAGUGUGCACUGGCCUAGUGAUAAUGCUCAUUAUUCUGAAGUUUGGAAGACACUCCAAGUUUGGGAUGAAAGGUUUUGUUUUGUUUCAUAAGAUCCCACUGGAUGGGUAAAUGAAAUAAGGAAAAAAAAUGAGAGAGGGGCUGUUGAGCUUGUUUGUUGAAGCUGCACGCUAGGGAGUGGACAUUGUUCUUGUCCUGUGAAUUGCCACAUCCUUUGGACUUCUCUUUUAGACAUGGGUUGUGUUUUUGGAGGAUUCUAGACGUACACACACAGCUCAUUAGUUGUUUUGGAGACAUCAGGGCAAAAUCAGCCCUCAGGCUGCUAUAAAACUCAAGAAAGCCCAGAAAUAAGCUAUCAGAUUCUUUUUUAUUAUCCUGGUUUUACUGUGGCUUCAAAAUGACAUUUAAAUGAAAUUUGGUUACAUUGUUUUCUCUGUCAAAAAGUUUUUCUGUUUGAACUUAACUGGAAAGAUGUUGGUUUUUAGAAAUAAUAUUUAUUAAAGGUGAAUUGCAAAGUUUUUUAAUUAAAAAAAUGAAAAAAUCAUAUGUUUAAGGCCCAGAUUCUACAAACACUUUUGCAUGUGCUUAUCUUUAAACUUGUAAGUAGUCCCAUUGAAUUCAGUGGGAUUGUUGAUGUACUUAAAGUGGAUUGGGGCCUAAAAUCCUAAAGCAGUAAACAUGUAGGUCUGAUCCUGUAAUUCUUAUUUCUGUGAGUGGUCCCAUUGGCUUUAUUGGGAAGAUUCUGGUGAGCAAGAAUGACAUGAGUUAGGGUUUCAGGAUCAGGCCUUAGUACAUGUAAGUUGAUUCAACAAAGCAUGUCAGCAAGUACUUAAGCACAUCCUUGUUCAGAAUAUCACUUAACUAUGUACUUAACUUUAGGCAUGUGUUUGUGUCCUUUGCUGGACUGGGGUGGUUUGAGCUGGAGAUUAAAAUGCAGAUGCGAAAAUAACACCUUUUGGUGUCAAUCCUGCAAACCAAAUACACACAGAUCACGUGCAUAAGCAUUUUCAGGACCAGGGCCUAGGCUUGAAACAUAAUUUUUGAAAGUCAUUUCCAUUUCAAAUACCUGCCAAAUCCUGAGUUCAGUACUUGAGCUUUCCUAUUCAGAAGGUGACAUCAGGGUAAGAAAGAAGAAAAAAAAUCAAUGAAAAAUGUUUUUGAAAUUAAAAAAAAUGAGUUAAGAGGAUUCCCAGAAAGAGGGGCUGAGAUGAACCUCUAUAGAAAUAAAUGAUUGUAAAGAUUGGGUGUUUCCAUUUCCACACACCAAAUGUGUGGGUUUUGAAUGAAUGAACAGUCACUUUGAAUUCCUCAUAGUCUGUUAGAAGUUGAGGACAUGCUAUAUGCCAUUUAUGGUUUCUCUAGAUAAUAAAUGUUGUUGUUUGAUUAUUUAUUUUAACAUAUGACAUUUGGGGGGAAAAAAAAGAAGGGCUUCAGAUUACUUUGUCUAUUUGGAUUUGCUUUUCUUUCUCUUUCCCUUUUCCGUUCACCCCUUUUUUAAUUUCUACUCUCUGUAUUGUUUGUUGUUUGCUGUACUCUUUCAGUGUCUAGCUUUCAUCUAUUUUACAAUAUUCUGUAUUGUAUCAUUUGUUUUUACUUGUUUCUUUCCCUAUCUUCCCUUUGUUCUUUCUUUUCUUCAUUGUGUAUGAUCCUUCCUUCACCUUUAAGUCUCUUUCCCAAUCUCUUCCUCUUUCUCAGCCCAACUCUUUGACUGUCUUCUUACAUUCCUUCCAAUCUUUCACACCCAUCAUUCACUCUUCCCUAGGCAUCCACCCUGAAGGAGUCUGCCUCUGAGUCUGGGAACAUGGCUCCAUUUGUACUCAUCUUGUCCCAAAUAAGGAAUUAUUUCUUUCCCCUCUUCACUGAUAUGAGAAGUGGAGUUGCUGGGGUGUUUCCUUUCCUUCCCACAAGCCAAAAGGCUCCCAAUGAGGUGUCUUCUCCUGCUGCUCACCAGUGUAAUGGAUGGAGGUGGAGUUGGAAUUCAGUGUAUGUUCAAAUUCCACGUCUUAGGUCAACCUACACAUGCUUUCCUUGGGCAGCAGCAUUUGGGGGAGGGCAACAAUUAGGGCUGUUCUUCACAGUCGGUCAGUUGGAGUGAUAUCAGCUCAACCUUUCUUUUGUUCCUGGAAAUAAAAUCAGAAAACAUCAGCCUUCUCUUUUCCAAAUGCAUGAGGAAGCGCUCUUUCAAAUCAGAUGUUUUGCAGAUACCUAUUCUCUUCUACCCUACUGAUCCUUUUAACUCAUUUUUUUAACUGACUUUUGCACUGACAUCUUGUUUGCCCAUGCAUCUCCAACCUUAUUUAAAUUGCUUCUGAUGUCACUGGGUCUGAUUCUAAUCUCUCAGACACUUGUGUAAAUCAGGGGUAACUGAACUGAAGUUAAUGGAAUUACAAAAGGAUAACACUGAUGUGGUUUGCUGGACCAAAUUCCAAUCUCAAUUACAACCAUGAAAAUUCAUUGUGUUACAGUUUGUUAGUCUAUGUUUACUCCUGUGUAAAUGAGAUCAGGAUCUGACCCUUUAUUUUUUGGCCAGGAAAAGUCUAAAUGCCAAACUCAGAAUUUGGCAGCUAAGUUAAGGAAAAGAUGAUUUUGAAAUAUUUUUGGUUUGGAAAUUUAGUACAUACAUUCCGUUAAUGAUUUAGGAUCUUUCUUGACACCUGUUGUGAUUUAUUUUGUAUCACUUUGCAAUUCAACUUUAAGGAACAAUAAUAGGUUUGAAUUUCAAAUAGCUCUACGAGUACUGACACAGUAUUUUGGAUUCUAUGUAACCAAGACAUUAACAAAUCAGAACUGAUUUACGCACCAUUGAUAGAUAUCUAUAUAUAGAUAUAUAUCUAUCUAGCAAUCAAUCACUGUAAGAUAUCCUUAUUGAGUAUUUUGUACUAUAUCUUUUACAUUAGCCACUAAAUGCACUGUUACUUAAUACAGAUAUUCACAGAGCCUUAUGGAUUACAGCAUGUGAUUAGUUACUAUUUUUUUUAACAGUGACAAUGUUUAAAUAAUGGAACUAGGCUACCUGUUGCUAAAAUCUUUUCUUUCCAUUAUGUGAACAGAUUAGUCUCUUAUAGCUAAAGGGAGCUGAACUUUAAGCAGGGAGAUUGCAAUACACCCUAAAUUGGUAUUUUUCAGCUUGAUUGUAAAUGACAUUGCCUGUCACUUUAGAGAUUCUAAUCUUCCCAGAUGGUGUGGGUUUACAAAGGGCUCACCUAAUUACAGAAUUCCCGACUCUUUAAAAUAAAGUGAGAUUCAGACCAAGAAUCAGGCAGGAGCCAUUAAAAUGGUAAAAGUCACUGAACAUCCAGCAUGUGAUACUAAAAAGCUUUUAUGUUAUUUCACUAAGCAAUAAAAAGUUCAUGAAGCAUUUAAAGGGCAAGUUUAGAAGUUUGCCAGACCUGAAAGGAAAUCAAAAAUAUAUUUGUAUUAUUACACUAAAAGGGGUUUAUUUAUGCUAUAAUUAGUUUUAAAAUGAGGAUUAGUAGAUCAAACAGAUAAGAGCAUUAAAAGGCCAUAUGGUGAAACCCUUCUGUUGGUGAGCAGUUACUCACACAAAUAGCUCAAGUGACUUCAAUGGGAGUACUGCUCACCAGUGUAAACGAGGGGUUGCACAAUCAGGUACUUUUAAUAAAUAAGGGUCUGCUCCUGCUCCCACAGAAGUAAAUGGGAAUUUCAUGAUAGAAGCACAUCCCCAUCAGGGAAGGAAACGUCUCCAGGAAACCUAUGAACCACAUUUUAGCUAGAAACCAUUCCACUUAAUAUAUUUCCUGUAUUUAUUAUUUCUAAUUCGUUGUGGUUAUUGACCAGAAUCUGGUCCUCUCUCCUGCCACAAAUGGCCCCCAAAAACAUUUCCCCAAGGAUUACAAGGCUUUUUAUGGGCACCUUCAGUUACAGGUAUUGGGAUGCAGUUUCUGUUGAUUCUGAUCCUAACAUAAAGGUCCAGUGUUUAAAGGAUCCUCCAUCCAGCUGUCAGUUUUGUGCCUGCAUUUAAUUGCUGGCAUGAAUGCCAACAUUUGGACAUCUAACUCUGGUUUUCUGAUGCAGUGAGGUAGAGAUCCAAAAGCUAGGAAUUUAAGGCCUGUAAAUUGGAAGUGAUUAAACAAAACCUCAGUCCUGACGUCUUUUUCAUUGAAGUUUAUUUUCUUUUGUUGCAUCUUUAAUAUUUGAGGUCAUAGCAAUCCUCUUCUGCAGAUGUAGUGUUGGACAACCACAACUGAUGUCCAUGUUCACAUCAGAGAAUACUCAAAAGCUUAUCUGAAGUAGAGGUGAAUUACUUCUUGGUUUGGGGGCUGAAACAAAGCAUUGGGGGGAAAAACAAUUUCAGGCUGAACAAACUGUUUAAUUCAAUCUGAAACAAAAUGUUUUGUUUCUAAUUUUUUUUUACCCUUUUUGUUUUGUAAAUAAAUCUAUCUCAAUUUAUAAAAGGUGUUGUUUCAAAAAAAAGUUGAAACAUUUCAUUUAAAAAAUGUUGACACAACUUUUUGGAAAAUAUUUUCAAUUCUUUUUUGGCCAAAACUAUUUGUCGAAUUUAACUCAAAUGUGUGAAUAGUUUGGGUUAAACUGGAUUUUUGACAAAUAACUAUUUGUCUGAAAAAUCCCACCCAACUCUAAUCUGAAGCUUGUUCCAGUUUUUUGAGACUGCUUCAUUCCCUCCUUCCCUACAACCCUCAAAGACUUCUCUGACUUCUCCCUGUCCUUUCAAGCCUUCGGUAGCCCCCGACUGUCCUUCCCUGUCAUUCUCCAGAAAGCCCCAUCUUCAUCUUUCUUGCCCUCUACCAGGUCCCUUUGCCUGGGUGUGCACACAUUCUGAAGAGUUAAUCCCAGAGCCCAGUAGCCGUGAAUGCCUUUCUGGAGGGCUUUGGCACACUAUGGGGGUAGGUGCCCGCAAGUACAAUGUAUGCCCCAAAUUGAGCAAGGUUUAGAAUUAGUAGCAGCAGAAAGAGUUCCUGAAUAGCUGGGCACAUAAUGUGAUUUUUCAAAAUGGAAAGUGGUCUGUUGCAGGGAGGCAACAUUGAAGGGAACGUAGAGAACACUGGUGUUAUAUAUGUCGUUACUUUGCUUCCACAAAAAUAUCUGGGACAAAACUUUCAAAAGUGGCCCCUGUCUCUGCUAGCACUUUAAUACCCAUAACCAUCCUCUGCUCUGCAAACGCAAAUGGAUUAGUUAGGUGGAAAUAAGAUGUUUGACUACUCUGUUUACUUACAUAAGUGCUAUUUUUAGGCCCAUCUGUAGAGGAUUAAUUGAGGUCACUUCGCAGCUCUCCCCAUAAGAAUUUAAACUUUUUAAGGCUGAAGUAAUAAUGGCAGUGGUGGGAAUUAAAAUACACAACUAGAAACAGAACUAAUUGCUUCUGUAUUGUACAAAAUACCGUAAUUACAGUUGCAUUAACAAGAACACAUCCUCAGCUGGUGUAAAUGUGCGUCGCUCCAUUGAUUUUAAUGGAAUUAAAUCUGACCCACUGAGUUCAGUGCAGAAAAUGUAUAGAUCAUUGCUUAAAGGUGCAGAGUCUCAGGGGGAUUAGGGUUGAUUGAAGAGGUCAAUCCUGAGUGUCAGCAUUCUGAUAACAGAAGGGGCUAGACGUAGUCUCAACUCCAGAUAAAACUUUAAAAUGAAAAUGAAGGCAAGAGUCUAGAGUUGCUACCAUUUUCUUAUGUUUUAUCACAUAUCCUGUUGCUAGGAUUUAAUUUAAUCAUAGAAUAAACUGAAUGGUGCUCACAUCUGAACAAGAAAGCUGAGUUACUUUAGAGUUCAGACAUUUGCUGAAAAAUAUAGACGUACAAGAACUGCUGUGUAGGAUUUCAGAUGUGUAUAUGGUGUGGGAGUUGCAUGUACUGAACUAUUGGUGGAAACUGGGUGAAAUCCUGGCCCUAUUGAGGUCAACUGAAGUUUCCCAUUGACUUAAGUAGGGCCAGGAUUUCACCCUCUGUGUUUGUCUGAUUGUGUGCUCACUUAAACCAGUUUUGUACUAUUGUAAUGCCAUUGAUUUCACUGGAUUUACUGCUGAUUUACACCAGUGUGAGAGCAGAAUCAGGCCCUCAUAUCACAAAUUAAGCAUUAGAAUAGAGGUUUAAGUAAAUUUGAAACUUCUCUCUCUGCUAUUCAGAACCUUACAUGGUUAGCUUUUAAAAAAAAGUUUAGUUUCAGUAUAGAAAACAUAACCUCUCUGUAUCCAAAGUCUGUUUUCUCAUGUAUCAAGGGAAAUAAUGCUCCAAAUGAUUAUCAACAAUGAGGCAUCCUAACAUAUCUUUUAAAAAUACAUUUGCUGUAAUCCAUCAACAUGUGAAUCUUAGAUUUUCCACUUCCAACAUAUGUUUAAAGCUGAUUUUAUAUUUCUUGUAAAUAAUUGACAAUCAUUGUUUUUAUUUCAAAUAUUAUAUUAAUAAUGUGAACAGACUACAUAAAUGUACUUGCUGGACUUAUUUUUUAACAGGCCAAUAAAGUUUUAUAAUUCAU